AUGAGUCUCAGCCUGUUGCCAUUUCUCUGUCUCAGUCUUUGCCUCCCAGCGUGGAAUGGUGAGUACUCUUCAAAUAUGAUACAAGACCUUUCUUUAGUCAAGGAUUAGAUUUAGUAAAGCGUUGCGCCAAUGCAGAGUUAGUUGUUGAAUUGUGUUGUUGGGGCCUCAGGUGUUAUUGGACGUACCUCUACUUCUCGAUGAUGUGCAGCUGUAUAAGAUACAAGCUCAGCAACAGCAGUGAGGGAAUCUGACCUUUUCCUCCCUCUGUCUCUCUGCUCUCUCUCUCUCUCUCACCGUCUCUCUCUCUCUCUUUCUCUCUCUCUAUCCUUCUCUCUCAACCAUCUCUCUCCAGCCCUGAAGGUUUCCCAGCCGUACCGUGCGGUGGGUCAUCGUGGUGAGGUAGAGCUGUUCUGCUCCUACCACCACACAGGGAGACAUGAACCGGAGGAGCUAAGGGUCACUCUGUACCGGGGGAUGUACGGGGAGCAGGAGAAACAGAAGGUGUGCACCUCCUCCUUCACCCACAACGAGACAGCCUUCCAGACGGAUGGAGAGGGAGAGGGAGAGAGGAAGGUGCAUUGCCAGGGCCGGUUGGGUCCAGGCAGGGUGAACCUGACUAUCUCUGGUCUCCAGGGUAAUGACACUGACCUAUACCGCUGCGCUAUAGAAGUCCUGUACCCCCCGCCGUACCUCAGGAGGUUUGGGAACGGCACCCUUCUCCACAUAACAGGUAAUACUGUAAUGCUACUGUGUAUUGAGAAGAAAUAGAUCGAAGGGCUUAAUGCUAAUGAUACAUACAGACAUUAUGAUGGUAGCUAUCAUGUGGACUUUGAUUCGUUGCUUUGAAGUUGUGAUUUGUUUGAGAAUUUGGGUUGGGUUAAAGAUGCACAUUUGAAGUUGGGAUUGAGCCCUAGUUCUCAAACCAAUAUGGUAUAUUGAAUUAUGAUGUGACUGUCUGUAGAGGAACCAGGAUGCUUUACCCCAGAGGCCCAGAGAAGAGAUGAUAUAGGAGAAACAUCAGUCAGAUUACCCCUAGCAGGAAUGGCCGCUGCCACCAUCUUAAUAGUAAUCUCUGCUAUUACCAUCCUCCUCGUUCACCAGGUGAGCCCUUGCAAACAACAUCUGCUUUAACAUUGAUCACUCCUCGGUAGACUGUCUGUUUUGUUGAAAAUUCAUGAGCAGCAUUAAGCUGAUAACAAGAAUCACUACUGUUGAUACUCUAUGUCUAUUUAAUAGAUAUAAUAAUGUAUUUACCUUCUAGGUUCUACAGAGGAAGAGAAGGUUUGGAGCAAUGACACCAAUGAUAUCACAGAAUGACGGAAAAUUUGAUUAUGGCAACUUCCAGUGA